AAGGGAAUUAAGAAGACAAUCACCAACCACUAAAUUCGAUCUUUGAUCUAAAGUUUAUAGCCUCUUUGGCAGCAAAGUUGCCUUCUUUGUGGAGGAGAUUGGUGCGGGUUCUUUCUAUUCAUCCGGAAUAGGCUCACCCUUCUCGGACCCAUUCGAUCUCGUUCCAUUUCCAUCCAAUCAUCUCCGAUGGCGGAAGCAACAAAGGAUUUGGCUUCAGGGACAGUUGGAGGGGCAGCUCAGCUGAUAGUAGGACACCCAUUUGACACCAUCAAGGUCAAACUUCAAAGCCAGCCAGCUCCAGCCCCGGGCCAGCCUCCCAAGUACGCAGGUGCUGUCGACGCGGUCAAACAGACCCUCGCAGCCGAAGGGCCGAGAGGUCUCUACAAGGGAAUGGGUGCACCACUUGCCACCGUGGCUGCCUUCAAUGCAGUUCUGUUCACGGUGCGAGGCCAGAUGGAGGCAUUGCUCAGAUCUGAGCCCGGAGCCCCUUUGACCAUCGGUCAGCAAGUCGUGUGUGGUGCUGGGGCUGGAUUCGCCGUCUCUUUCCUUGCUUGCCCCACUGAAUUGAUCAAGUGCAGGUUGCAAGCACAAAGUGCACUGGCCAGCUCAGGUGCAGGCUCGGUGGCUGCAGCCGUGAAAUACGGUGGGCCAAUGGACGUAGCUCGUCAGGUCCUCCAAUCAGAAGGUGGAGCCCGAGGUCUCUUCAAAGGCUUAUUCCCGACUCUAGCCCGUGAAGUCCCGGGAAACGCCGCCAUGUUUGGAGUGUACGAAGCCUUCAAGCGCUUCCUAGCCGGAGGAGAAGACACUUCGAGCUUAGGACAAGGAUCACUUAUCAUGGCCGGCGGUUUGGCAGGAGCAUCCUUCUGGGGGUUUGUUUACCCGACCGAUGUGGUCAAGAGUGUGCUCCAAGUCGAUGAUUAUAAAAACCCGAAGUUUUCGGGUUCCAUGGAUGCCUUCCGGAAGAUUCUAAAGGCCGAGGGAGUGAAGGGUCUGUACAAAGGGUUCGGACCGGCCAUGGCUAGGAGUGUCCCUGCCAAUGCCGCUUGCUUCUUGGCCUAUGAGAUGACAAGGUCCAGCUUGGGUUAAGCUGCCCUUUCCUUAACAUAAACCGAGGGCUGGUCCUCAUGGUUUACCGGUUAAGCUCAAAAUUGGACCAGAAAAAUUGGUUAGGUUUCGGUUUAGACGAUUCUUUCUCUUUCACCUCUGUAUUCCUUUUUAACUUUGAACUGCUGAUGGAAAGAAAAAAAUUAUUUGUGAACCGAAUAAACCGGUUUUCAAUCCUCA